AUGAACUGGAGCUCAUCCCAACGAGAAACCAAUGAGAUUACCAUGACAGAACAUGCUAAUAAUAAUAAUAAUAACAAUGAUGACGACAAUGAGAGCUCAAGCGACAAAUACAAUGACAAUAACAACAACAAAGAUAACAAUGUGACUGCGAACCUGGUCUAUGGAGAUCCCAGCUUCAUUGCCAGCUGGUCUAGGGAGACCAGCUUCAUUGCCAGCUGGUCUAUGGAGAUCCCAGCUUUACUGCAGCUGGUCUAUGGAAAUUCCAGUUUCACUGCAGCUGGUCUAUGGAGAUCCCAGCUUCAUAGCAGCUGGUUUAUGGAGAUCCCAGCUUCAUUGCCAGCUGGUCUAGUGAGACCCGCCUUCAUUGCCAGCUGGUCUAUGGAGACCAGCCUUCAUUGCCAACUGGUCUAG